AUGUACAGAACGUUUUGGCUGAGUUCUGGAAGCAAGGCGAUACCUGGCCCAUGGUGUCUGCCUCUUGUAGGAUAUUUCCCUUUCCUUGGGGAGAAGCCUCAUUUAACAUUGACUCGAUUGGGAAAUAAAUAUGGUCCUGUAUUCCGUCUGUCGCUUGGGAUGAAGGACGUCGUUGUGAUCAACUCCAGAAAACUAGCCAGGGAAGCCCUCGUUGGAAAGGGAGAUGAUUAUGCAGACAGACCACAAUUCAAACUUCGGAAUAUCUUGCCAAAGAAUUCAAAUUUUUCAUUUCUCCCAUUUGCAAAUGCAUUGAUCCUAAUGGCGGAGUAUCCAGAUGUCCAGCAAAGAGUUAGAAAGGAGAUUCACUCAGUUGUAAGCAAUGAUCAACAUCCAAGCUGGAAGGAUCACCUCAGUCUGCCCUUUACUGAAGCUGUUCUUUUGGAGGCUCUCCGAUUCAGGCCAAGAGAAGGCGUGAUUUUGCCACAUUCGACUCUCCGCAAUACCUCUCUGUGCGGCUCUGACAUAAAAAAAGGCACAUUAGUCCUCUUUAAUGUUCACGCCAUGCAUUUGGAUCAAACAGAUUGGCACAACCCAGAAGAGUUCAUACCUGAGCGGUUUCUUGAUAGCAAUGGUAAGGUGAGCCCCAGUACCUACAGCAAGUUGAUGACCUUCUCCGCAGGAAGGAGGAAAUGUAUUGGAGAAACAUUUGCGAAGAUGGAACUAUUUUUAUUUUUCACAGGAAUACUUCAAAAAUGUGAAUUUAACAAGGAGAAAUACAGGUUAUCCAGAAUAAAGCUUGAAGAUACUAUCUGGGAGGUGGACGGAAUUCCUCGAAUCUGCUACACCAGGAAACGUAGGACCUCCAUCUGA